CGGCAACAAGGCGUUCGACGGGGGCGUCGUGUACUUUUUGAUCCCGCUGAUUCUCAUCUGCGUCAACAGCCUCCGCGUGGAUAUAUAUGGCUGGUUCGAAGUAGUCAGCAGCAGCAUCAAGCUCGUCUUUCUGCUAGUCAUCAUAUGCGCCAUGGUCGCCAUCAACGUGGGCGCUGGCGACUCCGCAAACGCGCCGCACGGCACCAGAUACUGGCUCAAGCCAACUGAAUACGACACACUCGCCGCGAAUGGAUGGUUCAACAGCUUAUGCAUGUCCCUGUCUAUAUCGACAUUCGCAUACGUGGGCGUCGAAGUCGUCGCGGCAUCCGCCCUGGAAGCACGGUGGCCCAAGAACAACGAGGGGCGCAACAACGCAGACACAACCGACCGCCCGGCCGCCGACCACAGGCACUUGCUCAUCGGGCAGACGGUCAAGUUCUCGGCCGUGUACAUCCCCGUGCUCGCCACCAUCGCGUACGUCCUCGCCGGCGUGCUCGCAAGCUUCAACAUCCGCCGCGACGACUGCCGCCUCCCACGCCUCAGCUGGGCCGACAGCUCGCAGCAGUGCAACUCUUCCUCCUCCUUCUUGAACCCGCGUGCCGCCGCCGCCGCCGCCGGCCCCGCGACGUUGUUGACAUCGUCCUCGCAGGUCGGCAAGACGAGCUCCGCGUUUGUCGCCAUCGCCGAGGAGUCGCGCAUACCGUCUCUCAACGACGUCUUCAACGUGUUCCUGGUUUUCACCGCGCUGACGUGCGCGUGCACCAACCUCUACGUCGCGUCGCGGUCCCUGUUCGGCCUCACAACCCGCCUCGACGGAUCCGACGACCAGCCCCUUUUUCUGCGGACACUGGCCUGGUUUGGCAAGACGGACCGACGCAAGGUACCCAUGCGCGCCAUGAUCUUUUCCGCGCUGGCGUUUUGUUGGGUUCCCUUUCUACAGCUCCACGACGAUGCGAGCAACAUCUCCAUGUUCAUCGAGAUUCUGACGACCAUGGGAUCGGACGGGGUCAUUAUCGUGUGGGCCUGCGAAUGCUGGGCCUUUAUCCGAUAUUACCAUUGCAUCAAGAGGCAUCGUGCGACGCUCGAGAUGCAGGGCGUCUCGCAGGUUCGACGCUGGGAUCACGACGCCAGCAACGACUACCCUUAUCGCAGUCACAUGCAGCCCGCUCUUGCGUACAUGGCUCUGGGCGGCUGCAUCUUCAUCUUGGUGGUGUCGAACAGCGCAUUGCUGUGGAACGGCUUCCAUGCGACGCCGUUUCUCUCCACCUUCCUUUUGCAAUUCGUAUUCCUAGCGCUCUGGGCAGCGUUGAAGCUCGCCCGCGGAGCAAAGUGGACGUGGGUAGACUUGAGCAACGUAGAUCGAGUCAUCAGCAAGAUUCGCAACUUGCAUGACAUUCGUCUUGGGGCGAGCUAGAGUUGGGUACUAGUCAUUUUCAAUACACCCUGGAACGUCUGACGCGGCGGCGGCACAUGCGUUACGUCCCCAGAAAUACGCC